AUGGGCAACCCGAUUUUUACCCUUUUGACUUUGACGCUAGCCCCCGCCGAGACCGAAGAGCUUGCAUUCCGCAUCGACGUGUGCCUGGACCAAAACUCGAUUGCCAGCGAGCAGCCAUCGGCCGAAGUGCUCGAGUCGCAGCUGUGGGCCCAGCUUCGGCCGUUCAGCGCGCACCUGGCCUCGGUGUCGGAGACUGGCCGCCUUCUGCUGGCGCAGGCGUUCUGCGAAAUGCUGCGUCCGCAUAUGCGCACCGAGGCCGACGCGCAGCAGAUCUACCAGCGCCAGAAGCAGCUGAAGCGCCGCCGCAUGGGGUCUGCCACCACCGCUGCCGGCAGUGCUGGCAACAGCAGUAUGAGCACGCGCCAGCAAACGGCCGCUGCCGCUGCCGCUGCUGCCGCCGCCGCCGCCGCCGCCGCCGCUGCUGCGGCUAAGCAGCCGAUGGCUGGGGUGGACCUGUUUGCUGAGGUCGAGAUGGUCGCGGCGCGCGUGGCCAAGAGCCUGCUCGGCGCUGGCGGAAGGGGGCUGCUCAGGACCAGCGGCAAAGACGCAAUGGCAGCCGGGCCGCGCGCCUUUGUCGCCUGCCGCGGCGUCGACUACGGCGAAGGCACCGGCGACUUUCUGCUGCAGGGCGGCGACGCCGCAGUGGUCGGCGUGACGGCGCCGCUGGACGACUGCCUGCGGCCGUUCUCGGCCAACCUGGGCGAGAUCGUCAUCAAGGCAAUGGACCGGUACGCGCGGCACAACCCCUCGGUGCGCUUUGCCUGGGGGCUCGUGUGGGCGCCGGGCGUUGUGCGGCCGUGCCUGAUCGAAAGCGACGCCAUCCACUUUGCCGCGCCCAUCGACUUGCGCGUGGCCGCCGGGCAGCUGAAGCUGGCGGCGCUGUUUGCCCACCUGAGCCUUGCCGAGGACUGGCGGCUGGGCGCCGACCCAACAAUGCGCUGGGACGGCGCGCUCCAGCGCUGGGCCAUCCGCUGCGGCGACAGCACGGCCUACGCCCUGCGCGCACCGCUUUUCGCGGCGUCGUACUUCGGGCGCUUCACGCGCUGCUUUGCGGCGGCGCCGACGCCGGCUGGCGACGCGACACUGGUGCUGAAGGACUCGUGGCAGCUGGCGGCCGACGGCGCCGCGGACGAAAUCGACGUGCUGGCGCUGGUCCGCACCGCGCUGGACCGUGCCGGAUACGCCGACGCGUCCCAGCGGCUGGUGUGCGGCGGCACCGUGGACAUCCACGGCAUGGCAGAUGGGUCGGCGCUGGUGCUCGGCGCGGCCAACAAGUACACGCGCUGGGCGCAGCCGCCCGGCGCUGAGCGGGCCGCCCAGCCGAGCCGCGUCCACCGCCGCAUGCUGACUGGGCCCGUGGCCGUGCCGCUAAGCGCGCUGCACUUCGAGCACGAGCUGGUCCUGGUGGUGGCCGCGGCCAUGCGGUCGCACGCGGCCAUCCUGCGCCACUGCGGCGUGCUGCACCGCGACAUCUCCAUGAACAACAUUAUGGGCGUGCGCCAGCCCGGCGGCGGCAUCACAGGCGUGCUGAUCGACUUUGACAACGCCGAGCACGUCCGGGCGCAGCACAACGCCUCGCGGCCGGGCAGCAUUGGCACGCCGCCCUUCAUGAGCAUCGCGAACACCGAGGCGCUGGACGUGCCGCGCACAGCCGUGGACGACUGGGAGUCGGCGCUGACGCUGCUGAUCAUGUUUGCCGCGCGGUCAACCGAGGCAUUCCGCGAGCUGCGCGACCGCCUCAUGGCGUGCAGCGCCCAGGGCGUGGCCGAAUUCAAGCGCAGCCUGUUUGCGAGUCCGCGCAACCUCGACGACGCCAUCGCCGAGUACUUGAACGAGCCCGCGUUCCCGCUUAUUGUUGGCCUGGUGCGCGACCUCUACCGCGCGGUUUUCCAGAACAGCAAGUGCCAGGGCACGCACCGCUUCAACUUGCGCGGCAACCGCAGCGUCGACCCGAUUCUGCGCCGCGUGCAGUUCGCCGACGAGAUCGAGCGCGACUGCUUGGCUGCCGUUGACCGUGCGGUGGUGUUGGUUGGCAGGAGGGCGUUUGACAGGAACUACCGCGCGCCCGAGGCGGAGUGUGCCGCCAGGGCGGAGGCCGCGGAGGCGGGGGCGGGGGUGUUUGUGGCUGCGUGUGGUGCUGGUGCUGCAUGUGGUGCUGGUGCUGCGUGUGGUGCUGGUGCUGCGUGUGGUGCUGCGUGUGCUGCGGGCGGCUCUGCGGAUGGUGCUGGAGCCGUCCAUGGGGAGCGGGCAACCAUACGCGCUGAUUCUCUGCCUGACUACGAUGACCUGGAAAGCCUGAAGAUGCCGCAGCUGGCCGGCCAGAGCCCUGCGCCCGAGUACACCUCGCAGGCCGAGAACCCCGACGAGGAGGCUGCUGCGCGCCAGCCUGCGCGCCAGCCUGCGCACCAGCCCAUCCAGGAGUCCACCCAGCUGCCCGCCCAGCUGCCCAGGCCCACGAGCCCAGUCGACCGCCGCCAGUCGACCGACUCCGUGGCCACGCUGUCGCGCGACCAAGACGACAAAAAGUUCAUCGAGGACUUUUGCUUCAACGCCGCCGCCGGCAGCUUCGUCCCACCGGACGCCUUCCCCGACUCUCCCGAAAUCACGCCGACGCGCGGCUUCACGCCCUCGUCUGCGGCGUCCACAAUGAACGGGUACUCGCCGAACCCGCAGAUGUACGCGCCAAUGCACCUGCCCCUGCACAGGUACGGCGGCUCUGUGGCGAGCAGCAACGGGGAGAUGAUGCUGCUGUUUGGGGGAGCAAAGAAACGCAAGGCUGUGGAGGACGAGGAUGUGUGCGCGGACUCACCAAGGACGAAGCGUCGCAAAACCGUGCAUGACCAGUUUGCCAUGAGCGUGGCGGCAAUGGCUGCUGCUGCAGUUGUGCCGAGGCCGGAUUUGUUUGGGAGGAAUCGCGCGCGGUCGCCUAGGUCGCCGCGACUGGCGCGGCCCCGGAGGACCUCAAGGUCGCCGAUGGUCCAGCAGGCGCCGCCGAGAUCUCCGAUGCUGUUUGGCCAGUCGCCGCCGUAUCGAUCCCCGAUGCCCCAGUGGUCGCCAGUGCCACAGAUGUCGCCGCUGGCUCCGCCGCCCCUGCCGCCAUUGCCGUCAAAGUAUAGGCGCAACUUGUUCUGA